AUGGGAUACGCCGAUACUGUUAGAGAUUUCAGAGGAUUUGCAGUAAAAUUCUAUACUGAGGAUGGAAUUUGGGAUUUAGUUGGAAAUAAUUUUCCUGUAUUUUUCGUAAAGGAUGCUGCAUUGUUUCCAAGUUUUAUUCACGUACUAAAAAGGAACCCCGUUACCCAUAUUAGACCAGACUACGACAUGUUUUGGGACUUCAUCACGCUUCGUGAAGAGUCUAUGCACGCUCUUUUAAUGAUGUUUGCUGAUAGAGGAAUUCCCGAUAGUUAUAGACAUAUGCAUGGUUAUGGUGCAAAUACGUUUGCCUUUGUGAAUGCCCACGGAAAACUCGUUUAUUGCAAAUUUCAUUAUUUAAGCAAUCAAGGUAUUUCAAACUUGCUGUCUGACCAAGCAGAAAAACUAGCAGGAUCUGAUCCCGAAUAUCUUAUUAGAGACCUAUAUAACGCUAUAGACAGUGGUCAGUAUCCAUCUUGGAAUAUGUAUGUGCAGAUUAUGACACCAGAGCAAGCAGCCAAAAGUUCUUAUGAUCCUUUUGAUGAUUCUAAAGUGUGGUUACAUGCUGAUUACCCUUUAAUUCCCGUAGGAAGGUUUGUUCUGAAUAAAAACCCUACAAACUAUUUUUCAGAAAUAGAACAGAUCGCUUUUGAUGUUUCUCAUUUAAUACCAGGUAUUGAACCAUCUCCCGACAGAAUGCUACAGGGUCGUCUCUUUAACUACGGAGACACACACCGUUAUCGUCUAGGAAUCAACAACACCCAGUUACCCGUCAAUAGUGCGUUCCAGGUUAAUACUUAUCAGCGAGAUGGUCAAGAUUCUCUUCAAAGUCAAAAUGGUGCUCCAGUAUACCAUCCAAAUAGUUUCAAAGGACCUGAGGAAGACAAAAGAGCUAAAGCUCUAUCUCCAAUUUGGCCAUUGAGUGGAAAUGCUCAAAGGGUUGAUAAUGGAAAUGAUGAUAAUUAUACACAGCCUAGGUUACUAUAUCAACGAGUUUUAAAACCAAUCGAACGAGGAAGGCUUAUAGAAAAUAUUGUUAGUUGGUUAAAGAGAACAAACAGUACAUUCCAAGAAAGAGCUGUUCUGAACUUUUCAAAAGUAGAUGAAGAUUUUGGAAAAAGGAUUAAGGAAGGAAUAGGUGCUGGUAUCCAUACGCAAGUAAACUUGUAG